AAACUUGUAGAACGGUAGCCCCGUUCACUGAUGAAUAAAUACAAUUCUGCUUUCUCAACGGUACAAAACUGGUUUUUUUUUAUUUUUUAUUUUAUAUAUUAACUAAGAGUAUUACCAAACCCGCAGGCAACGGAGAAAAAGUUUCAAGAGGGACAGCAGAGUUAUCUAGAAUUAUGGUCGUUCUCAGUUCUCACCCAUCUCUGUAGUCAUUAUAAUAUAUUUGCUACAUUUCUCAUCCUCUCAUCUCUCAAUAGAAUAAAUAUUGUUAUAUGGCAUAUUUUAUGAUAUCUUGAAGAAAAAAAAAACAUCAUUUUCUCUUCUUCAAUGACAACAUAACCACCACGGCAUUUAGAUUAACUACUUUGCAUUAAUUUAAUUUGAUAAAUAAAUAAAAAGUAAUGUCUAUAAUUAUAUAAGCCAGGCCCUAGCUAAUAGAUGAGAUUUACUUUGAUGUCUAGUUGUCGACAACAUAUUCUCCAACUUGUUCUUCACUCAAUUUCCUCUGCCCAUUUCACCCCAAAAUCCUGAAAUGGGUGAUUUCCAAGGCCCCAUCAUUGUGUCACCCCCUCCUCCCUCUUCCUCGGACAAGUCCAGCACAACCAUGUUAUAUUAUGGCCUAGUAGUAGUAGGGAUUGCAGCCAUGACAUUAGCCCUAUACAACUUCAUCAUCAUCAAGCGAAGCAGGAGGCGCCACAUGCAAUCACAGGCUGAAGGGUCAAAUGGGUUGGUCGAGGUGGUAAUGGAAAGGAGCAUUGAUGAUACCAACUGCCAAAGCAACUCCAACUUGCUCACAAGCUUCAAGUACAAGGAGAAAGAAGCAGGAAAAGAAGGAUUUGGGGAUGAUUACGAAUGCCCCGUUUGCUUAUCCGGUUUUGAAGAAGGUGAAGAUGUGAGGAAGCUACCACAGUGCAAACACUCGUUCCAUGCUGCAUGCAUAGACAUGUGGCUUUACUCUCACUUGGAUUGCCCAAUUUGUCGAACACCUGUUGGACCAUUUUGUGAGCAGGAGAAUUCUGGCUCCGGUGGUGCCCUCUUGGUAUGAUUUAUGGGCGUGGGACCUGCCAUUGCGCUGGAACUGUGACCACUCAGUCCUUCACAACGCCCAAGGAACAGAGAGCCAACUUUGGAUACCUUGUUUCUGAUGUUACGUGACAAAAGAGGUUCAGUACUCACUUUAUUUUUUCUUACUAUAUAACAUAAGUGCUAAAUUUAUUCUUUCAUACGUUAAUAUAGACCUUAAAGUAUAUUUAAUAACAUUUUUUCUUUUGAGACGGAGACUUUUCCUAGUCUUGGACUCAAAGACUCGGCUGUCAUCUCAUCUCUCAAAUUUAUCUGUACCAAAAAUG